GAGGUUGCACCCUCCUCCUGUGUUUAGGUGAAGUGUCUGCGCGGGGGCUGCUGGGAGCCGUGGAGGGGCAGCUGCUGCUGUUGCCACCAGUAACCUGAUCCAGCACUAACCAGCUUGUUACAUCUGCUGAAGAGGAGGCGGCCCGGGGACAAAAGCCCACGGUUCCGCCUGCCGCCGAAAGAGCCCAAGCGAAGUGCACCUCUCCGGCGGGCCAGGCAUGGUGGAUCCGGCGGCGGAGGCGGGCGAGGAGAAACGCACGGACCCAGGCGGCGCAGCCGGAGAUGCGGCGCCGGCGGGCGAAGGGCCCCCGCGUCCGCCGCCGCCAACGCCCGCGGGGGAGCCGGGGAGGCGCCGCGAGCAGUCCCCGCUGCUGCGCUUGGACCUCUUCAACUUCGACUGCCCGGAGGCCGAGGGCAGCCGCUACGUGCUCACCAGCCCCCGCUCCCUGGAAGCGUGCGCCCGCUGCGCGGUCAGGCCGGUGGAGCUGCUGCCCAGGGCCCUGAGCGAGCUGGUGAGGGAGGCCCCGGGCAGGUCCAUGCGGGUGGCGGCCGGCCUGUACGAGGUCUACGAGAUGGCCCGGCAGAGGAAGCUGCAGCAGUGCCGGGAGGAAAGGGAAAGGAUUAUCCGAGAGGAGAAGAGAAGGAUCUUCACUCCCCUCAUGCUCAGCAGCCUCCCUUCCUCCCCAGCUGCCAGGAUCUCCUUCAAACCCACCACCGAUGGGGGCUGCGCCCUAGCCCCAGGGGCGGGGGCUCCUACUGGGACCAAGACCAAGAGCCACUCCCUGGACUCGUUGCAGAAACGGAGAGAGGGGUUCUCCACCAAAACAUCCUCUGAAUCAGGGGCAUCCUCGUCCUACAGCGGAGAAAGCUUUAGGGACCGAUGGACCAAAGGGACCCCUCGGACUAGGACGGUGGCUGCCAUGAACUCCCUGGCGGGCAGAAGCUUCAGCCUGGGGGAUCUGAGCCACUCCCCACAGACCACAAAGAAAGUGGAGAAGAUCGUCAGGGAGGUGAAGAAGAAGAAGGGUCUCAAGGAGGUGCCCAAGAGGGACAGAAAGAUAGCUGCCCUGAUGAUAGCCAAGCACCAGGAGGAGAACAUCCUGAACGAGCAGAGGUAUGCCGCCCACCUCCAGUGGGACAGCCAGCGGCGAAGGGCCGAGCAGCAGAAGGAGCAGGAAGAGAAAGAGAAGCAGAGGGCUCUGCUGCAGUGCCAGAAGAUGUGGGAGUCCCAGGUCGAGAAGCGCCGUGGGAAGCUGACCCAAGGGCAGAAGGAGGCUACCAUGAUGAAGCAGAGGCAGUGCCUGAUGUAUGAAGAGAGGUGGAGGGAGCAGGCAGAGAAGCAAGACAGAAUGAAAAGGGAUAAGCUAGAGAAGGCCAUCCUGGAAGACAAGCAGAAGAAGCUCCAUCAAGAGCACAACCUGAAGGUAAAGGAAGAAGACAAGAAAGAAUUCCUGGACCGAGAAGAACAUCUUCUGCAGGAGAAGAUGUCCACCGCUACACAGAAGAAGCUGAAGAAGGAGCUACAGCUGCAGAAGGAAAAGAAGUUGCUCAACCAAGCUGAGAAGCUGAAGCAUGAGGCCCUGCUCAAGGAACUGGCCAGGCACGAGGCAGAGGAGAAGGAGAUGCUAAAGGCCUCCGUGGAGGUUAACCUACACAAGGCCCAGGAGAACUAUGAGCAGUUACUUGAGAAGAGGAAUCAAGAGCUAAGGGAGAAAGCUAAGCGGGAGGAGAUGCAAAUCCAGAGAGCCAAGCUGGCAGCUGAGAGGAAGGAGAGGGAGCAGAAGGAGCACUUGGAGGCCCUGGCCAAAGCAACAGAGAGGAAGCUCCAGCAUGCUGCCCAGGUGGCUGAGGAGGUGGUUCAACAGAAAGCACGCAAGGUGGUCCUAAGCCGCCUGGAGAAGGAGAAGAUGCAGAAGGUAAACAAGCAGAAGGUGGAGCAGUACGAGGACUUUCGACGCAGGGAGAUCCUCCUGUCCAUCGAGAGGAAGCUGGAGAGGAGCGAGCAGAUCUUCAAGGAGAAGAAAACUGUCCUGGAUAAUGCCAAGUCGGUCGCCCGGGCAUCCUUCCAUGUCCGGGAAAAGGUGCGGGAGGAAACGAACAUGCGCACCUUUGACAAGAUGGUCUCUGAGGCAGAAUUGCACGCCAGCCUGGAUAAAAAAUGAAAGGCCUUCUCUUUCUGUGGAUAAAUGGGGAAUACAUCAUCUGGUGCCCAUCAGAACACAUUAGAAAGCUCUUUCAUAUUAGAAAAUUUCAGUUUUUAACCCUGAUUUAUUAUUUUUGGGAGUAGGGUACAGCACAAACCCCGUGGCAGCUAUUUCACAUAUCUUCUAAAAAUGCUUUUGUUUUGGGGGUUAUUUUAUGAAACUGACCUUUGUUAUCCCUACCAGAAGAGAAGUUACCCUAUCCCCACUCUACACAAAGAUGUGUGCAAGGAUUAAAGCAGAAGCACACUAAUUUACUCAACUGAGGUUCCAAAGGCAACUUCCCAGAAAUCUGUGGGCCACCUCAAAUUUGCCUAAAAUGGAGCAAUUUGCAGUCACCCUCAUCUUUAUUAUGACAAGGGCACACAGUAGAGAGUACAUAUCUCAGCAUGUAACGCUUCAUUUUGAUUUGAGUGACUUUCAGCUUGGAUCAAGAGGCUGGGAACUGUCUUCUCUUUGUGUCAUGCUUCCAUACUAAGGAUGAGGAUGGCCCCAUUAUAGAACUCCAUGGGGUGCAUUUGGUCCAUGGUUUGCACUUUAUCCACUACUGAUGUAAAAUGUGGAAAGAGAGGUGCCUAUUACAAGAUUUUUUAACACCAUGCAAAAAGAUACCAUAACCACAGCUGGGCAUUUGCCGCAAAUCAACGUUUACUCAAAUAACCCCCCAAAGUUCCUUUUGAUGAUGGUAUUCACAACCCCUUUUAUUCACUUUCCGCAGAUGAUCGCACAAAGGAAUUUUUGUUUGCAAGAAUGUUUGCAGAAAGGGAAAUUAUCACAAAUACUAUUGCAAAUAUGCAUUCCUGGGUUAUUUGCACAGGAAGUGAUUGUGUGGCCUUCUUGAAAGCUCUGUAUAUGUGUUAUGGAGUUAUCCAAUCAGGGAGCAGAAAUAAUACCAUGUGACUUAGGUGACAAUCACACAGCUUUAAUAGCAUAUUAUGAACUACUACUUGACAUGAUAGCUAUGGUGAAAGGUUCAUGAGCAAUCCAUAGACUGAAAAUAUGUUUGCACAAACCACUGAAUAAUGUCAGAAAAUGAACAAACUUCUGAAAACCUGCCUGUUUACAAUCAUUUGUGAAAAGAAAAGGGGAUUAAAUUUGUCAAGUAAAUUAUUUGCAAUGAAUAGUUCGCCCAGCUCUAAUCAUGACUUACUAAACAUUAUAAUAUUUAUUUGUC